AUGGCCAUCCUCAUGCAUACUACAAAACCCAAGAUCCUCAUCCCUGAAAAGGUAUCACCAGAUGGUUUGGCGCUACUGAAAGACCAGUUCGAUGUGGACGAAAGUAGAGGAUUAAGUCCGGAAGAGCUCAAGAGUAUCAUUGGCGACUAUGAUGCCCUGAUUGUUCGAUCGGAGACCAAGGUAACAGCCGAACUUUUGGGUGCGGCCAAGAAAAUGAAAGUGGUUGCUCGUGCGGGUGUUGGUGUUGAUAAUGUCGACGUGCAAAGCGCCACUUCACAUGGUAUUAUCGUGGUGAACUCACCUUCUGGCAACAUUAACGCAGCAGCUGAGCACACCAUUACUUUAUUGAUGGCUGUGGCUCGCAACGUUGGUGAUGCAUCUCAAAGUAUCAAGGCUGGCAAGUGGGAACGAAGCCGACUUGUUGGAGUUGAGGCCAAGGGCAAGACUCUUGCUAUCGUAGGUCUGGGAAAAGUCGGUCUCACAGUUGCCCGCAUCGCAAAUGGUCUAGGCAUGCGACUCAUCGCCUACGACCCUUAUGCAAAUCCAAACCUGGCAGCAGCGGCUUCUGUGACGCUCCGCCCGAGUCUUGCGGAAAUCUUAAAAGAGGCAGACUUCCUGACGCUCCAUACGCCUCUCAUUGCCUCUACCAAGGGCAUGAUUGGUAAGUCGGAGUUGUCGACGAUGAAACCUACAGCCCGGAUUCUCAACGUAGCACGUGGUGGUAUGAUUGAUGAAGAUGCUCUUGUCGAAGCAUUAGAUGCUGGUACCAUCGCCGGAGCAGGCAUUGACGUCUUCACUUCAGAGCCACCAGAGCAAGACUCAUCUGCUUCUCGUCUGAUUGCACACCCUAAAGUGGUUGCUACACCUCAUCUCGGUGCCUCCACCAAGGAAGCCCAGGAAAACGUGUCCAUUGAUGUUUGCGAGCAAGUCGUCUCCAUCCUCUCUGGAGAACUACCCCGUUCAGCAGUCAACGCCCCCAUCGUCCUACCCGACGAAUACCGCACCCUGCAACCCUACAUCAACCUAGUAGAAAAGAUGGGUAGUCUCUACACCCAGCACUACUCCUCCGUCAAACUGGGUUCCUUCCGCACAACCUUCGACCUCACCUACGAAGGCAAGCUCGCCACAAUAAACACGACGAAACCCCUCUUCGCAGCAUUGGUAAAAGGCCUCUUGACACCCAUCACCUCAAACUACGGUCUCAACAUCAACAUCGUCAACGCCGUGCUCUUGGCUAAAGAACGCGGCAUCCUCAUCAUCGAGCAGCGCUCCCGCGAAAACGUAGAAGAUAAACCCUACUCUUCCUUCGUUGCCUGCGCGCUCGCGCGUCACGCACCGUCUCGCACCAACGAAGACGCCGACCAAAUCAUCCAAGGUUUCGUCUCCGCAAACCGGCCCUUCAUCUCGCGCCUCGACAAGUUCAAGGGCGAGUUUGUACCACGUGGUACGCUGCUUAUCUGUCGCAACUUUGACUCUGUGGGCAAGAUUGGGUAUGUUGGUAAUGUGCUGGGGAAGGCGGGUGUCAAUAUCAAGUUUAUGAAUGUGGCGCCGUUGGAUGAGGAGGUUGAGGAGAGGCAGAAUGAACAGAAUGGGAAGAAUGGUGGACAGGGGCAUAAAGAGGCGUUGAUGAUUUUGGGGGUUGAUGGGCGGGUUGGGGAGGAUGUGUUGAAGAGGUUGAUUGGGGAGGAGGGCGUGUUGGAGGCUAGUGUUGUGAACUUUUGA